GAACGUAAUAUUUCAAACAAUUUGAAUUCAAAUUAUAAUACAACGAAACAACAACGACUGCUAUUUGUUAAAUAUUUACUUAUAAUUUUUGAAGAUACUAAUAGCACUUAAGUUUUAUCACCUGUUUUUAUAAGAUAUGGCUGAAUCCUUGUUUGAUAUAUUUGGAGAUCAUAUCACCAGGCAAACAAGCAAAAACCUACUUCGCCAACCUUUUUCAAACAACGAGAACAUAGGAAAAACUGUAUCAAAUGGACCAUACAAACCUAAUGAACCUGUUAAAAAAGUUGGAGAAACUAAAAAAUCAUUUCUGUUAAACUCCGGUAAAGCUGUUCAAAGUACACCGGUGCGAAAACCAUUGUCACCGAAAGCUGUAAACGUUGGGGCAAUGAUAUACACAGAUGAUAACAAUGAAAGUGGAAUAGACUUUUCAUAUGAAGAAUUAGAGUUCACGAAGCCAUCAUAUAACUAUGAUAAUUUCCAUAAGGAUAUGUUUGACUAUCUACCUCUACCCAAUGUGGAGGUAGUGCAUCAUAUAUCCCCUCCAUCUACCCCACCACCAAACAUGAGGCAAUAUUCCAUGGAACUGGACUGCUCAUAUCAGGAUGAGUUCUUUACAGAUGACUUUUCCUGUGGUAGUAUCCCUGAUAACGAUGACCUAGGUUUGCCAGAACUCUAUUAACUAUUAUUAAUAAUUUCCCGAAUGAAACAACAGAACAUGCAAAAUUCUUUGGGAAAUCUUUGUAUGAGAUAUUUCAAAGACAUUUAAUUCCGCCUAAUAAUGGUUUAUAGUGAAAAAAUUGUUUUGUGUAAAUUAAUGCAUCUGUAGCCUGUAAGGUUUUCUUUUCUUAAUAUAUUUUGUCACAUU